AUGGCCGAGAAAUCUAAGAUGCCGGCAAUCGACUCUCCUUUAUACAUGUACCCGUCCGAUAGCACGGGAACUCUGUUAACACAAAUAAUUCUCACCGGUGAGAAUUACUCGACAUGGGCCAAAGCCGUGAGACGUGCACUGGAGGCGAAGAACAAGGCGGGAUUCGUAGAUGGGUCGGUCCAGAAACCGGACAACCAACAUCCCGACUACCAUUGGUGGAAUAUGGGUAAUAGCUUGGUUGUUUCAUGGAUCCUCAAUUCUCUGGACAAAUCACUACAAAACAGCGUUGUACAUGCGGCUGAUGCUCGAGCCAUAUUGGAUGAGUUAAAGGAGCGGUUCUCGCAAGGUAAUGUUCCUCGUAUCCACCAAUUGAAGGCGGAAAUUAACUUGCUCCGUCAAGACGGUCAAAGUGUGACCAAAUAUUUCACAAAAUUGAAGGGCCUUUGGGACGAGCUUGCCGACUACACUGACGCAGUGGAAGCACGGCCGGUCUUCACACUCUCACCGACACAGAGUACCGACAACUUAUCAACCUUCUGGGCUCAGUCAAAAUGGCGUCUUCCCAACCUUCAGGCACCCAGCCGCUCGAAGGUAAUAUCACGACAUUUUCUCGAUCAUGGAUUCUUGAUUCGGGAGCUUCAGAGCACAUGA